AUGGAUGAUUGUACGGGACAUCUACUUUGUCUGCAGUAUCCUCUCUCUUGUCUUCCUGAUCGUUACGCUUUUCAUCUUCUCGUAUUCAGACGAAAACUGGGUUCCGUCUAUCUAUCGGCGUUACAAUGUAGCCGGAUAGCCAUCCACAAGAACCUUGUCGUAUCCUUCAUCAUUCGUUUCAUUGUGAUUAUUGUGAUGAUUGAACCUCUUGUGACGGGACGACCUACUUCCUACCAAAAUGUGGAGUGGCUGUGUAAGCUGUUCCAGGUCCUUAAUCAGUACACGGCGCUGGCUAACAUCUAUUGGAUGUUUGUGGAGGGCCUCUUUCUACACAACAGCAUAGUCGUGUCCGUAUUCAGCACAGAGGCGCCCUUUAAGUUAUUUUUCUUUACUGGUUGGGGAUUUCCAGCACUGGUCAUAGCUACUUGGGCGGUCGUCAUGCAGUUCCAGAACGCAAAUUCCUGUUGGGCGCACUACUCUCAAAUGCCGUUUAUCUACAUCAUUAUUGUCCCAUUCCUCGCUGCAUUAAUUAUAAACUUGUUGUUCCUCAUCAAUAUUAUCCGUAUCCUGGUGAAGAAGCUGAGAGCAAACAAUACCAUCGAAUCGGAUCGUAUCAGGAAAGCUAUCAAGGCCACCAUUGUUCUAAUGCCACUGCUAGGUCUAACCAACAUCUUAUUUGUAUACAAUCCGGAGGAUGGUGGUGGACUGCAGAGCGCCUACCAUAUCACAAACGCUGUCCUACAAUCCAUACAGGGGAUAAUGGUUUCCGUUUUCUAUUGCUUUUUAAAUGGAGAGGUACGUCGUGUGAUUAAACGGAAAUGGUAUCGUUUUAAGAUCCGAAGGUUCCUACAAUCAGGUGGACGCCGCCGAAGCUCUCGGACUUCUUCAUUUAUCCUCUCACAAACCGAGGUACAGGAUUUGAAUGAAAUGGCGAGCUUGACCACAAAAGCUAAUUUAGCUAUAAACCAUGAAGAGCCCAAUAAUGGUGUCUUAAGAGAGACUACCAAAUUACAGGAAUGGAAAGAGGCGGUCACGGACCCCGAACCGGAAACAACUUCGGAUGCUCCCACCGGAAAUCACGUGGAACCGGAUAUUUGGAAACACGCGAAUGGUGUUGAUUUAUCGCAGUCAUUUGAAUCUGAUGAAGUGAGUAAUCCUAAAGAAGUAUCAGAUUAUAUGGAGGAAGCCUACACUGAUAUUUUAGAUUCUUUGCCUCCAGUGAAUGACACUUUAAGUGAUAUUGAAAAUUCUGACACAGAAACAGCAGAAGAUGACAAAGACUACAAUUGGACGGAAUCACCCACUCAAAAUCCAUCUUUGCCUGAAAGAACUUGUGUCGUUGACGUCAAUUCCUGUUCCGAAAACCCCCCUCAUCCUUUAUCGAAUGGUCAUUCCCAACAACGACCUUGGUCAGUGAGUGAGAGUAGUGAUAUAUCGGCCGGAGCUAGCACCCUGGAAAGUCCCAACCCCUCAACAUCUAGCCAUGUUCCUCUUUUCACCUCCCAUCAUUCAGGCCGGGACGAAAACGGCAACAGUCAGCUUGUUAAACCAGAAAAUCCUGUUUGUACUAAUUACACAGGUGACUGGGACGAGAUUUUUGCCAUCUGUGAUAACUUUAAUCGAGAUUUUAGAUCGGACCCUACCAGCUGA